AUGACACGAACAACCACCCUCCUCACAAACCUCAACACCAUCCUCGCGCGCAUCUCCGCCGCCUCAUCCACAUUCCCAACAACCUCCACAUCCACAACCCGGCGACACAGACCAGCCAACAAACCCGUCCGCCUGGUAGCAGUCUCCAAACUCAAGCCGGCCUCCGACGUUCUCGCCUUAUACUCCCCCUCUUUACCUGUAGACGAAUCCUCCACCCCGUCGGCGACUACGACUACGACUACGACGCCCUCGGCGACACAACAACUCCAUUUCGGCGAGAAUUAUUUCCAAGAACUCCUCGAAAAAUCCCGCAUCUUACCGCGCGGCAUAAAAUGGCAUUUCAUCGGCGGUCUGCAAUCAAACAAAUGCGUCAGCCUAGCACGCGAUGUGCGCGGUCUCUGGGCUGUGGAGAGCGUUGAUACAGAGAAGAAGGCGAAAUUACUUGACAAGGGGUGGGGGGAGCGAGACAUCUCGGCGUUAUCGGAAGAAGAACGGACCCAAAAGCUGCGGGUGUUUGUGCAGGUGAAUACGUCGGGCGAAGAGGCAAAGUCUGGUGUUGAGCCCGUCGCAACACCGGCGCUGUGCCGAUAUAUUCGUGAGCAGUGCCCGCGACUCAAGUUACAGGGUCUCAUGACUAUUGGCGCCAUUGCGCGGUCGAAAGAAAGCACAAACGAGAAUGCGGAUUUCGUGUCGUUGAUUGAGACUAGAGAGGCUAUUAUCAAGGCCCUGGGGAUGUCGGAGCAGGAGGCCGAUGACUUCGAGUUGAGUAUGGGGAUGAGCUCGGAUUUUGAGGGUGCGAUUGCGCUGGGCAGUGAUCAGGUGCGCGUUGGAACAACGAUAUUCGGGGAGAGGCCUGUCAAGGCUGGUGCUAAUGCUAAUGCUGGUGCUACUUCUGCUUAA